GCUUAUCCGGAUAAAGAGCUGUUCCCACUCUUGUUAUACGGCCACAAACACUCGGAGCAUUCGAGGAACAAACUUUCAACACGCUCUCACCUCGUUUCUCACCAGGACCUUCACAACCACUAACCUAAUUGUCACAUCCGAAAUUUGAGCAUCGUCGUCGCUACCAAAGCGACUUACAUUGAAGUCUUGGAACUACUAUCAUGGAACCCGAGCAGAGACACAAUGAAGAGGAGGGUGGCCAAUCACCUAGGAGUGGCACCCCUCCAUCCACUGGAAGUCAGGGAAGUGUAGAGGUGAACACAAGGUCUCGUCCGAUGACUCCUACAGAGUCGGCUGGCGGAGAGAGCAGUGAGCUCAAAACAUCAAGGAAACGAGAACGAGAGGUAUCCUUAGAAGCGGGUACGCCUCAGGCCACAUCUAGCGAUUUUGGAGAUGCCGACCCAGCCACAGAAUCGCGAGACAAAGACCGGGAUCGUCUGAAGCCCGUAAAGAAAUACCGAACCAACACUAGUACCGCGCUCGGCGUUACCCAAGAAGAAGACGACAUCGCGUUCGCCGACCCUGACUCCGGCGGAUCUGCUACUCACACACCCUCAAGUUCACUACCCCGUGGCGUUCGAACUCCGCCCAAGAGGAGGCGUUCCUCGGAGAAGGGUCAUUCACGCCCGGCCCAACAACGAAGACAAAGCCAGAGUCAGGGCGAUACUACGAUUUCUGAUCCAGCCGAUGCGGCUGCUGUGAGUAGCUCGCCGCCUAUCGAGACAAAGGUCAAGAUGAUUAGUCGCGGCGUGGAGGAUAUAUCUUGGAAAGGUGUCCAAGGACAUCCUUCCUCUACAGACGGUGGUGAUGUUGUUCUCUCUGAGGCCCAACAGCAGACGCCACCUGGAUCCGAAGAUGGAGGACAUGAGCAGAUGGACCAUGAGCCCACGCCUGCUAUCUCUGAACGCGAGCUGGAGGAUGACAAGUCGGUCGAGGAGGCACUUGUUGAACAGGGUUUCACGAUAUCCGUACCACUUGGUCCCAACCCACCUGAAGUUGAGGACAUUUCUGCUGGCGAAGAUGAGCAUUCUGGAGAGGCGGACCCAGCCGAGAUCCCUUCAGAAGGCCAACCCGAACGUAGAUCUGCUACACCUCCACCUUCCAAUGACGAGCCUGCUGCCAGUGCUGAGUCUAAGGAUGCCAAAGAUGUCGAGAACCAGCCUCAGUCUCAGAUCACUCCCCCCACGUUACCCUCUCCGCCUCGUUCUACUUCCAGCGCCUCAAGCGUGGAACCUACUUCUAGAAAGCCCAGUCCGCCACCUGUGACAGCUCGUAAACGUUCCCCACCUUUGGCAGAAGAAACACCAGGGGAGGUUCAUAUGGCUGGUAUGAAACGCAAGUUGGGUGACAGGACCGUAAGCGACCGACACGUGCCCGAACAGGAAGAAGUCGAUAGGAAGGCUAAACGUCGGACUCCUACACCGCCGCUCGAGAAAGACGAAGAGCUGGAAGAGAAGAAGGAGAAAAGGGGGAAAAAGGAGACGAAUACGCAAGUAAAGGAACCUCCUGCGCCAAAACUUAGUGGCUUCGCUGCAUACGCAUCUACAAGCUCACCUUUCGCCGCCGUCAAGGGGCGAAACAUUUUCUCGAGUUCCAGUAGCAACGUCCCAAGCUCGAGCACCAAGUCUCCUUGGAGUUCGCACGCUGCUUCAUCUCCUUCCCCAUUCAAUGCCAAUCGCUUCCCUUCUGACUCUGUAUCCAGCUCCACCGCCGCCUCACGGUUCAGUACGCCUCCACUGACAGCACCCACGCCAUCGAGUCCCGGUCAAAAGCGGUCUGGGUUUGAGGCUUUUGCUAGUAGCACCUCGCCGUUUGCUACUGCCGCAAAACGUCCAAAGUCACCACCGCCAUUCGGAAGCGUCGCAGUCUCUUCUACUGUGUCGGCUUUCUCAUCUACUACUCAUGGUCAUCUUGGCCUUGGAGGGUUGAGGAGCAAGAGCCCCAUGCGAUCACAUUCUCCUGCCCGUACCACGACUACCUCGACCGCGUUCUCUGCUUAUGCUGGGAAGGGUGCUUUCGGCAGUGUCUUUGGAUCUGCGAGUGCUGCUAGUUCGACUUCUGUCUUGGGUGGAGACGGCAGCGCGAGUGGGAGUGGAGAGGAGGAUGAAAGCAGGAGUAGGAGUGUGCUUGGUGCUGGUGCAGGUAAUGCGGUGAGUUUUGGGGAGAGGUUGAGAGCUGGGAAGGAUACGGAGGAGGAUGAGGAAGGUGGAGGGAUGAAUGGGUUCGAGGCGGUGCCGAAGGUAGAGUUGACCGAACAGGAAGUGUAUACUGGCGAGGAAGAGGAAGACACGAUCUACCAAGUUCGUGGAAAGCUCUUCGCCUUGAGCCCACAGAACCAAUGGAAGGAGAAGGGUACGGGCACGAUCAAGUUGAACAUUAAACGCGAGGACGGGACGGGGGCUCGACUAGUCAUGCGAAAAGAAGCAGUGUAUACUGUGCUACUGAACGCUACGCUGUUCAAGGGGAUGAAAUGUUUCCUGGCGCAGGACCCGCGAUACUUGCGGUUCAGCGUGUUUGAAAAUGGUGCUACUACGCAUUACAAUCUUCGGGUCUCGAAUGCGAAGAUUGCUGAAGAAUUGCUGGAAGAGAUCAACUCGCACAUUCCGAGUGACUGACUGAAAGGGGGGGUUAGAAGAGAGGUGUUUUGCUACUGAUUAGACUUUGACGUGCUCUGCUCGAGAUAUAUUUGUAUUCUAGUGCAUCUUUGUUUCCUCUUACAUACGCACCUUGCAAUGAAGGUAUCAAUUGUUCUGCUCAUUGACAUGCAGGUUCAACUUAUCGGACUUGUGCGAUGUCUCUUGUCACCUUAUGCUGAUCAGCAUGUGUUAUGGUUUAAUGUAUCAACAUUCUGGCCUGUAGACCGAACUUUUUCGGUGUCGUCU